AUGGGAAGGUCUCGUAGCCGCAUCGAUGCCAAUGGCUUGAAACGAGGCCCCUGGACACCCGAAGAAGACGAAAAGCUAAUGGCUUACAUCAAAAAACAUGGCCAUGGAAGCUGGUCUUCAAAGAUACGGGAAAAGUUGCAGACUGGGAUGAUUAAAUAUCUCAGACCUGGAAUCAAGAGAGGAAGGUUCAGUUUACAAGGACAAAAGACAAUCAUUCAACUCAUGCUCUCCUGGGCAAUAGAUGGUCUGCAAUUGCUUCUUAUCUACGGAGAAGAACAGAUAACGAAAUCAAGAAGAAAAAAGUUAGCCAUGCAAGGGAUCGAUCCUUCGACUCAUAGGCCAGUGGCCGCACCAAGUGGUUCAGUCAACAAUGACUCGAAAAAGGUGUAG